CAGCACCCCGGAUCCUCCGCAGACCUCGUCUCCACCCCUUCACGCCUGCUUCGUUCUGUCCGAGAGGCGCCCUGUGCGCAGGCGCCGCUCUCAGACGGAUCAUGGCGGCGGCGCUCCUGCUUCUUUUCUCGGUCCGCCGCAGGCCGGGCCGCUGGAGGCUCCACGCUGCGAGAUCCAGCUGGAACCUCAGGCCCGUCGCUGCCGCUGCCAUCGGGCUCGGGGAAAGGCAGUUCUACUGCUCCCCGGGGGAUCCUGCUGGGACUGGCGGCCGAGUCCUACAGAGUUUACUUUUGAGGACAUUGUCUCCUACUUUUCAAGGAAUCAGAGGAUUAUUAUUGAAACAACAUCUAAUUCAGAAUCCAGUCAGACUAUGGAAACUUUUAGGUGGUAUUUCUUAUUUUAGUACCUCCAAGAUGAAGCAAAAAAAUAAGGAGAAAGAAAAAUCCAAGAAAAAAAUACCAGAAGAUGAUGAAGAGGAAAAGAAACGGAAAGAACGGGAAGAUCAGAUGUAUCGUGAACGAUUACGGACCUUAUUUGUCAUUGCUAUUGUCAUGAGCGUGCUGAACUCUCUAAACAUUAGUGUGGCUAGCAUUUCCUGGAACGACUUUGUGAAUGAGAUGCUGGCAAAGGGGGAAGUGCAGCGGGUCCAGGUGGUGCCAGAAAGCGAUGUAGUGGAAAUCUAUCUGCACCCAGGAGCUGUUGUAUUUGGCCGACCUCGUUUUACCUUGAUGUACCGAAUGCAGGUUGCAAAUAUUGACAAGUUUGAAGAAAAGCUGCGAGCGGCUGAAGAUGAACUGAACAUUGAAGUCAAAGACAGGAUUCCAGUGUCCUACAAACGAACAGGCUUCUUUGGAAAUGCACUUUAUGCCAUAGGAAUGACAGCUGUGGGUGUGGCCAUAUUAUGGUGCAUUUUCCGUCUUGCUGGGAUGACAGGAAGGGAAGGAGGAUUCAGUGCUUUUAAUCAACUGAAAAUGGCUCGCUUUACCAUUGUCGAUGGAAAGCUUGGGAAAGGGAUCAGCUUCAAAGAUGUAGCAGGAAUGCAUGAAGCCAAAUUAGAAGUCAAGGAGUUUGUGGAUUAUCUAAAGAGUCCAGAGCGCUUCCUUCAGCUGGGUGCCAAAGUCCCAAAGGGUGCUUUGUUACUUGGACCUCCAGGUUGUGGAAAAACUUUGUUGGCAAAGGCAGUAGCUACAGAAGCCCAAGUGCCCUUCUUGGCGAUGGCUGGCUCAGAGUUUGUGGAAGUGAUAGGAGGUCUUGGAGCUGCUCGAGUCCGAAGUCUGUUCCGAGAAGCCCAGAACCGGGCCCCAUGUAUUGUGUAUAUUGAUGAAAUUGAUGCUGUGGGGAAGAAACGAUCCACUAGCAUGUCUGGCUUUUCUAAUACUGAGGAAGAACAGACUUUAAACCAGCUUCUGGUGGAAAUGGAUGGAAUGGGAACCACAGAUCAUGUCAUAGUUUUGGCUUCUACCAAUCGAGCUGAUAUUUUGGAUAAUGCGUUGAUGAGACCAGGGAGACUGGACCGACAUAUUUUUAUUGAUCUUCCUACACUUCAGGAAAGAAGGGAAAUAUUUGAACAGCAUCUGAAGAGUCUGAAGCUGUCCCAGACUAGUAGUUUUUAUUCCCAACGCCUAGCAGAGCUCACGCCUGGGUUUAGCGGAGCUGAUAUUGCAAAUAUAUGUAAUGAAGCUGCUCUGCAUGCUGCAAGAGAAGGACACAAAUCAAUAGAUACAUUUAAUUUUGAAUAUGCUGUGGAGCGAGUAAUUGCAGGUACUGCCAAAAAAAGCAAGAUUCUGUCCAAGGAGGAGCAGAGGAUUGUGGCAUUUCACGAGUCUGGCCAUGCUUUGGUUGGCUGGUUGCUGGAACACACUGAGGCAGUGAUGAAGAUCUCCAUAGCACCACGGACAAAUGCUGCCCUGGGAUUUUCUCAGAUUCUCCCUAAAGACCAGUAUCUCUUUACUAAGGAGCAGCUAUUUGAGCGGAUGUGCAUGGCUUUGGGAGGCCGAGUGUCUGAAGCCAUUUCUUUUAAUAAGGUUACUUCAGGGGCACAGGAUGAUCUUAGGAAAGUCACAAAAAUAGCCUAUUCCAUGGUGAAACAGUUUGGGAUGGUGCCUAGUGUUGGCCUUGUUUCCUUCCCUGAACAGCAGGAAAGCACAGCAGGCAUAGGACGAAGACCCUUCAGCCAAGGGCUUCAACAAAUGAUGGAUCAGGAAGCAAGACUGCUAGUAGCUAAAGCAUACAGGCACACAGAGAAGGUUCUCCAGGAAAACCAAGUCAAACUGCACUCGUUGGCUAAUGCCUUGUUGGAGAAGGAAGUGAUAAACUAUGAGGACAUUGAGGCCUUGAUUGGUCCACCUCCCCAUGGGCCUAAAAAAAUGAUCACUCCGCAGAAAUGGAUUGAUGCAGAGAGAGAGAAACAAGGCACGGAGGAGGAGGAAGAGCCACCCCAACGACGACACCCCCGAGAAGAGGACUUGGAUGAGGAAGAAUCAUCCCAGCAAAAAUAAUCUGAAUUCCCUUCUCAAAGAGUUAGAAAAGGAGUCCACAUUUCCUCUAGAAAACAAACAUCCCAUUCAGUUGACCUUUUAGUUUCAUUUAAAAUAGGAUCUGCAGUUCUUAUGUCCAAACAUCAGUCUGAAAUCCAUUGAAAGCAAUCUGAAAUUGCACAAAUUAUUCUAGGCAGCCUCCCCCAGGUGCAGGUCUGAGCUAUAUUCACUCAUUAACCACUAGUAAAUCCCUUUGCAGAGAAUUUGGGAUUUUUUAUAUCUUUUCCCCUACGGGGAUAUUCACUAUUACAGAUAACAGGUGUUGCAUAUGACCUGGUAUCCAGAGACUUAGAAACAUUCUUAUUGAGAACAUAUAGCAAUGCUGACCUAUUGUCCAUGAAGACCCAGGGUUGUAUUUCUUAAAAAUCCCAUGUCUGCCUGACAGUUUCUUGGGUCCUGUGACUUUAUCAGAAUAAAUAAUGAAAUGCUCAAGAAAGGACUCUAUAGCUACACUGAUCUGAUAAUUAUUACAUCCUCUUAACUGUGAGUUCUCUUAGUAUGUCAUCUAGUAAAUGAGCUUAUAUUAUUUCAGGAAAUGAAAGAAAGCAAAUUUAUGGGAUUAAAAUAUCUUUACCUGAUGCUCUUUAAAUGGAUACAAUCUUUAUAGACGUGUUCUUAAUGAUUCAUUCUCAAAGUAUCUAUGCCACCUUGCUUUUUCUACCUGGAAGAUCUGUUAUAACGUUUGAUUAAUAAAUUUUGCAGGAUGACAUCCACCUCAGCACAAUUUAACUAGACCUCAUUGAGGGGAGUAGUUGGGCUUAUAUAUCUAUUUAAUUUUUUGAUAAUAGUUUGUACAUUCUACCAUUGGAAUAACUCAAGUGAAAAGCCUGUUUUGUAGGCACUAUGGAUGCAAAUAAUUUUUAAUCUCUCAUUUAGUGAAUCCAUCAUUUACUGCCUGGGAGAGUCAUUUUCAUUAAUGGAUAAAGAUGCUUUUUGUUUCACUUCAUCCCUGGUACAUGGAAGGAAACAACUAUAUAAGAAUAUUUCUCAGAUGUGUUCACCUGAGAUUUUUCUCCAUCCCACAAUUUUCUCUGCUGAAAAUUAUUUAGCGUCACUGAUUUGAAGGUACUGUCAUGAAGGAAUAGGAUUUAAUAUAUUAAAUUGCUCUUCUCAGAAUCAGUAUACAAAAAGAAAUAUCCUGUUUGUGUUAGGUAUGUGAACCCAGACAGCUAUUACAGAUACCUGUAGGGAAUAAAUUACAGGAUUGCAGUUUUCCCAGAGGGGGCACUGAAAUAGUUUUGCCAUCUUGUCUUCUGGCCUAAUCCCCAAUUAAGACAAUUUAAUAUUUAUCAAGGACUCUUUUAUCCUCAGACCACAUUUUGCUAGCUCCAGGACUUCAUGAUAGAUUUUCAUAGCCCAGCUGACUAAUGGUACAAGCUCAGGCUAUCUUAGGCUCACAAUUGACUUUGAAAAGCAGAUAUUCUUAAACCCAGGACCUCCCAGCCCCAGAUCUACCUUUUUCCCCCCCACUGAACCUCCUAGCUGCCCCUAAUGUUUUAGAUUCCUAAAGGACAGUGUCUUAGAGUGUUUUAUUCAUUGCCAGCCCAUAAUAGUGAUAUUCAAGAGGGAAAUCUAGAGAAGCCAGUAGGCACAUGCUGAGAGAUGUAUUCUGUAUGGCCAGAGAUUCACCAAGACAAAAUUCCAGGUAGAGCAUGUCAGAGUGUAUGUAGAAGCUUCUUGAGUGGGAUUUUUUAGAUAACAAAUAGAUACACAUCUGUCCUGGAAUAGGGAAAUGAUUGAUGAUCUGUGAAAAAAAUUUAUUUAGCAAGGCCCCAAGGUAAAAUUUAUAAUAAAUUUCUCUGGUCUUUCAUCACAAAAAUUUUAUUCACCUGUGAUUUUAGGAACUAUUUCAUUGUGUGGACAAAAGGUACCUUCUCCAGGACUGACAUCUGUUUGAUGCCAGAUAGCUUCUGACUCCACCAAUAUAAACAAGUAAUUAUUUUGUUUGACUAUUGAAAAGAAAGGUUUGUAUCCAAGUCCAGAAGUUGUACAUUUUAGACUUAAGUAUUUCCGACAUAAUUUUCUUCUGCAAAUUGGUUGAUUUUUACAGUUAUGUCAUUUUUAACUAUUUGGCAACUGUUUUAAGGAUUCUCAUCUUUGCAAAAUACUACUUAGGCCAAGAAACUUGUUGCCAAUUACCUCAAUAUAUUUUUUUCCUAAUUCUUGAAUACAAAAUAUAAGAGUGUCUCUCAUCAAAACCAGUUCAACAAAAUUAUGUUGGUUGUUUUCUCUGUAAGGCACUGGGGAAAUGUUUAAAGGCAAAAUGAAAAAAAUCCCUUCCCUGCAAGAAUUAAAUUCUUUUGGGGAAAGAAACAUGGAUUAUUACAUGUUCACAAAUAUACCUCUUGUGGAGCGAGUAAUAAAGAUAGAAGGACGGAAAGCAGUUAUUGGUACUUAAAAAUUUGGAGUGGAGUAUUCUGAAAAUGUGUUGCUUUGAUAUCAUAUUCAUGUCUCUUAAACUAAUAAAACCAACAUUUUUCUUUUUUUUUUUAACUAAUAAAA